CCCUUAACCUUUUACAGUUAAAUUCUACUGUAAUAAUAGUAAACACCAUGAAAAAUCGCCUCUAAAACCCUUUCUGCAACUAAACCCGCUACGCUCGUCGUUUCUAUUUGCGGCUCUCUCCCCCUCGGUUCAACGACAACUCGUUGCUCGAUCUACGCAGUUUUCAAAACCUAAAGCUAAACUAACAAAUGCAUCCAUUAUCUUAUUCGUUCCAGUAGCCCGUCGUUCUGUUCUAAUCCGUCUUUUCACUCCGACGGCAACUGCUCUAAAAAACUCUCUCUCGGACACCAUUCCUCUUUCUAGCUCCGCGGAAACCUCUAUAGCAGAUGCUGUCAUUUUCAACCACUUGAAGAGCCCUAAAACCCUUGUGAACAGUGAUCUUAAAGACGCACCUGAUAGGAAUCAAUGUCUCUAUGGAGAGCUCGUGCUGCUGCAUCUUCUGUCUUGAACAGGCUUCUUCAGCAUUCUUCUUCUCAUUCCUCCAUCAAUAAUGUUCUGCGCAACUUCUCCACUGAUGUAGCUGAUACUCCGACAUUGCGGGACAAGAUGAUGAAACAAAUGGUUCAUCUUGAUAUCAAUGCACAAGUAGGAAGUUGCAUGCCGUUGGCUUCUAUGCGCAUUGGAACAUUGAUCCACAAUAUUGAGGUGAACCCAGGUCAAGGUGGGAAGCUGGUUCGAGCUGCAGGAACUUGUGCUAAGAUAUUGAAAGAGCCGACAUCAAAAGAAUGUUUGGUGAAACUGCCUUCAGGUGUUGAAAAAAUGUUCAAUUCUCAGUGCAGGGCCACAAUUGGCAGGGUCUCAAAUGCCACCCAUAAUUCUCGGAAGCUCAGGAAGGCUGGGCAGAGCAGAUGGUUGGGUCGAAGACCAGUAGUUCGAGGAGUGGCAAUGAAUCCAGUUGAUCAUCCUCAUGGUGGAGGUGAGGGUCGGAGCAAAAGUAGUGGGUCUUUUGGGAGAGUGUCACAAACACCAUGGGGCAAGCCAACUAAAUGUGGCAGGAAUCAAGAAAAGAAGCGGAGUGGCAAGUUUGGCCUGUAUCAAGCACCAAAGAACAAACAAAAGAAAGCCAAGAAAUAUAAAGAUCGCAAGCAGGAUGCUGCUUCUAACUGAUCUUUUUUAUUUUGUUCCUUCAUUUUGUAGCACUGGGUUUCGUAUCAGGAAAUUAAUUAUUAGGUCUGCUAUAUACACAUAAAAUGAAGUAUGUUUUUGGAUGACGUUGGUUUAAACUGUUUCAUUAGUUCAAUUUUAAUAUCUGCAUCUUCAUAAAUCCAAAAUCGAUGCACUCUGUAUA